AUGCAACAACCCUCUCGUCCCGUCUCCCCAACCCUGACUCCCCGCCAUGGGCAUGCUAAUGCGACCAACGAUAGUGAAACCCUUCCUGAUCCCUACAUCGAGCGCCUCCGUGCAGCCUCCCUCGUCAAAUCCCCCAACAAACUCGCCUCGCCGACGAACCUUACGGGUGUCUCCUACGCGGGGAUGGCGUCCCGUCCUGCGACGCCUCCGGCUCUCCUCGCACUGAAGAAGGCGAAUGCGAAGGCCGCCGCACCGACGACGCGUAGCACGGCGGUUGAACGCGAUGGCCCCGCCACCACUGAGCCUGCCCAGACGCAGCAGGAGGUCAUCAACGUUGACGCAGCGACCCCCGAGGUCGUCAUAAAAGAGGAGGAAGACUUGGAACUGAAUGCGCUGGCCCUACGACGCACUCGCUCCGACAAGCAGCAGGUAGUUGCCAAGGUGAAGAACAGGAAGCAGCGAUCGAAGAAGAGCGCGAAGGCUGCAGGCAAAGCACCGAUGAACAUAGGGAAAGGAACGCCGAACUCGGUGACGCCCGCCGCUGAGGCCGCUCCGCCGCCUGACCUUCCUCAACGAUCGACCAGCGACGUGCGCAAGAGGCGCCGCGUCUCCACGGAUGUCGACGGGGACCACGCGGCGCCCGGAGUAACGACCCGCACCCAGGAUGUGCCUACGACGUCUACCCCAGUGACGCAGACUCGGUACGUAGUCGACAUUGGGGAAGUAUUAGGCUUCCCGCGCUACGAAGCGUCUCCGGGGCUCAACGACGACCGUGACGACCCGCCGGCGGCCACCACGUCUGACGUCGACAUGCGGGACAUCGAACCGGCAUCGGAUGGCUCCUACUCGACGCGCCGCAUUGUAUCGGACGUCCCGGACCACGACCUCCCGUACCUGAAACGUACGACAGCCCUCCAUGAGGGUGAUAUCGAAGACAUGUACGAGGACGUAACUUCCCUCCCAUACCAGUCGGCACCCGGGCAAGCAGGACCGUCGAGGAACGGGAGGUCCAGCGACCCUCCUCGCCGUAGGGAAGACCCACGUAGCGCCACGACUGACGACGACAUGAGCCGACGAAUGCGGGAUAUUGAGGCGGCUAGCAGGGCGCCACGCUCAGUAUCUCACCGGCCUAUCCAACUCUCGCCAGCGCCAGCCUCGCCCGCCCAGAUACUCGACGACGACGACGCACGCCUCGGGCCUCGCAGGCCGCGCUCUCCCUCGGUGCUCCACCCCCACCCGGUCCACUAUGCCCCGGGCCCGUUCCCCAACUUCGCUCCCCCCCGGCGGGUCCCAUACAACCUCUUGCGCCAGCGCAGGGCACGUCGCAGCCGGUCACGAGGACGCGCCCACCUCCUGAAGGCAGACGAAUGGAGGAAGGCAACUGACCACCACGUCUUUAUCCACUUCCCGGGACGCGGAGCGCACGACAAGGGCAACUUCGGGCGACUCUGCGCGGCGGACAACAUCCUGCGUGUCUCUCUGAACAUACCCACCGCCAGCAUCACCCAACCCAUCGCAGCAGUAGCCCCCACGAAGCCCAACUCCAGUCCGACAUACUAUCGCGUCGGGAACCUGACUGUGGAGCAACGAGACCGCUUGCUGCGCGAGGGCUGGGUCUCCACCGCCGAAGGCACCUUCGGUGUCGUGCCGUCGGACUCGGUUCCGCCUACUUUCCUCGCCUCCUUCCGGCACCCCGAAAGACUAUGCGUACCGCCGACGGAGGAGGGACUAACGGAUGCUUUCAAGAAGGGUAUGAUGAGCACGGACCUUUACCAACACGUACGCGCGUUAUUGACGAUCGACGUCCGCACGGGCGGGAGAUGGCGCCACCUCAUGGUAGGAGAGGCGCACCGCUGCGUCGUCGACUCGGUCAGAGUCAGGCUGAUCUCCAUCCGAGACUCGCGCGACGACGAAGAAGAGCCGAUUGCCUUCCUUUACAUGGAGUCGCCAACUGCCGACGCUACUGAGUGGCUCUGCUUCCGCGAGCGUAUCAUCCAACUCACGCGUGCACGGUCCCGACGACCCCCGGAUGGAAUGGACCCUCCCUCGCGGACGUUCGCGAAACUCUCGCAACUGACCGACGAGCGCAGACGCAAGACCAGCACGGCCGUGGAGGCAGAGGCGGACGCGGUGGCCGAGGAGGCAGAGGACGAGGAAGUAACCGCGGUCGCCGAGGUGUGGAUCGUUGUAGCUAGGAAGUGUACAUCAACGGCGACAAACUACUCUUUAAACACCCAUACGGACGAUUACUCGACAACCGGCAACACUCUCCUCUGCCCGAGAGAGGCCAACGUGUCCCCCGCCCACGCUGAAAUCAAUGACCGGGUAGAGGAACCCAGAGACGGGGCUGCUCUCCGUGGUAUGCGCACACCAAUCAACAGUGCCCAGGGUAACGCGGAGAGCUGCGUACUGAACAACCCUGAACAAAGUGCCCCUGUGGAGGGGCACACUGCGAGGACGGAAAGAAUCAUUCCGUCUGGAAGAAAGACUAAAGCUAGUCUGCACAUCGGGAGCCUUAACCUCAAUGGCAGAGGCUCCCUAAACGGCCCAAGGGACCAGAAGUGGAACGCCGUGAACCAGCUUCUGCGAGAAGAAAGACUGGGAGUCCUAUGCCUCCAAGAGACGCAUCUGGAUGAAACGCAUACCAACACGAUACAAGACCUGUACGGGAGACGCAUCCGAAUCUGGAACUCCGGCUCCGAAUCCACGACCUCCUCACAAGGCGUGGCAGUCGUCCUAAACCGUGAACUCGUUGACGUCUCAAACGUCAUCGAUCACGAUCCUCAACGUCUACGCCCCAACUCGAUGACGGAGAAUGCCGCCUUCUGGAGUCGUCUGUUGAGCAUGGCCGAGAAGGGCCGAUUUAAAGCACCCGACAUCAUGACGGGCGACUUCAACCUGGUCGAGGAAUCCAUCGAUAGACUGCCAGCCAAGGAAGACUAUGCGUCGGCGGUAGAGGCCCUGAGAGACCUCAUCAGGCACUUCGACCUGUACGAUGGAUGGAGACUGUCAGAACCGAAUAAAAAAGACUACUCAUACCCGCAGCGAGGCAGCGUCACGCGUUCAAGAAUCGACCGCAUAUAUGCGUCGGAACCUCUAGUCCGUACCUCACAUACGUGGGACAUCAAAACCACAGGAGUACACACGGACCACCGGCUGAUCAGCGCUAAACUCAAUGCCACUAACACACCUCUCAUCGGAAAAGGGAGGUGGUCGAUGCCACCACAUCUCAUCGAAGACAAAGUAUUUAUGGAGGAAAUGGGGACUCUGGGCAAAGCCGUGAUGGAGACGAUGCAAGCGAUGUGCCAUGGGGAGACGGCCCUGCAUAGCUCACCCGUUCAAGGACUCCAUAAGCGGUUCAAGGAGGACAUCCAAAAACUUGCCAGGGAGCGUCUGAAGAAGAAGAUCCCCAAGCUGCGGGCCGAACUGAAACGGCUGCGCGACCAUGUAACAGAAAUAGAGAGCCGGAGCACAUACCAAUUCUCGAGCGAGCUACAGAAUGACUCCGCCGUUCUCCAUAACCGGAUCUGCGAACUCGAGAAGAAACGCCAUACCUUCUCUAAGCUCACAACCACCGCGAGAUACGUCAUCAACGCCGAGCGGGUGACCAAAUACUGGUCAGCAGUAAACCGAGAAAAGACACCGAGGGAUGUUAUAUACACCCUACGACUGCCGGACACGACCCCUCCACGCUUUGAGGUCAGGUCUGAUAAGAUGGCCACGCUAGCGAGAGGCUACCACGAACAUGCUCAGUCCGUUGACGUCCCAGGCUUCUCGAAGGACCUCCAAGCCAAAGAGAUCGAGAAGAUCCUGACCGGGGUCACCCAAACGCUCGAUCCUAGCGACUCUGCCCUCCUACAAUCCAGAAUAUAUAAGGACGAAGUUAAACGUGCACUGAAGAAAUCCCAGACUGGUCGCGCACCGGGCCUGGACGGAAUCCCUAUGAGUUCUGGAAAUACUUCAUGA